CCAAGCCCCUCCCCCACCGGUGAAUAUAUGCCCGAGUUGAUAAACAAAGAACAUUUACUUACUAAAGCCAGGUGAAAACACCCGGGUCAGCUGCUGCAUGCGAGUCCCAUACAGGAGAACCCCAGACUGACAGCGGAGGGUAAUAUUCUGGGACGCGAAUGAAGAAACACCUUUUGCUUCACUUCACGUAUAGAGGACUAGUAAGAAAAGGGAAAAAGAGUAAGAGAAGAAAAUGGCCAAUUUUAAUUUGCGUAAAGCGGAGCCCAAAGACGUGCCUGACAUAUUGCGACUCAUAAAGGAACUUGCUAAGUAUGAGGACAUGGAAGACCAAGUAAUAUUAACUGAGAAAGAUCUGCUCGAGGACGGAUUUGGAGACCACCCAUUCUACCACUGCAUGGUCGCGGAGGUGCCAGCUGAGCAUCGUAAAGUCGAGGGUUAUGCUGUGAUUGGAUUUGCCAUGUACUACUUCACCUACGACCCUUGGAUUGGCAAGCUGCUAUACCUUGAAGAUUUUUAUGUGAUGAAAGAGUACAGAGGUUUUGGAAUUGGGUCAGAAAUCCUGAAAACACUCAGUGAUACGGCAGUGAAGAGUCGUUGCAGCAGCAUGCAUUUCAUUGUGGCCGAGUCCAACAAGGCGUCCAUCGACUUUUACAAGCGUCGCGGGGCUUCCGAUCUCUCGCUGCAGGAGGGAUGGCGACUUUUCAGGAUUGAUAAGGAGAAUCUCCUGAAAAUGUCUGCUGAAGAGUGAGCUGGCCCAAAGCUCCUGUGUUCUAGGAUGGACUUUGGAGAGUUCACACCCAUUUGUCAGUUCAAAUAUGUUUCAAUCACUUGAAAUAUUUUAGGAUAGUCUGUGGGCAUUAAGCAUGUAAACGGGCAACCACUUAGUCUAUUUGAGAUGAAGCUAAAGCAUUCAUUACUGAUUGAGUAAAGUUGUUGAUUUUA